AUUUCUCACUAAUUUUGUGUUGUGGCCUCUGGCUUGGAUUCUCCUAAGGCAGAGUUGUCUCUGCCUUAGCCAUUAGCCAUUAACCAAAUUCAUCCACCACCACCACCACCACCACCAUGGUGUUCCAAGAUUUCGACCAAAUCUCUGAACGCCGACGACUUGAGAGGGCACGUAAAUUCCGACAGAGAGUCAUUAUAACCGUGGUGUUAGCCACCGUGAUCAUCCUCCUCAUAGGCGCCGCCGUCUUCAUCCAGGUCUCCCCUGCUCCCUCCUCCUCCUCCAAAACCUCCAACAAAGAUGGAAAAUCCAAGAAACAUCCCAAGUCCAACGCGGACACCGACACCGAGUCCAAGGAUGCGUCCAGUGCUGAGAAAAUGAUUGUGAUGAUAUGCAAUUCCACAGACUAUAAAGAGAAAUGCGAGAGCAUUUUGAAGGACGGGUUGAAGGCGAACCCCAAAUCCUCUGACCCCAAAGAGCUGAUUAAGCUGGCUAUCACCGCCGCGGCGGCUGAGGUCAAAUCCGCUUUGAAAAAGGCCACUAACUUGAAAUUCGCGACGCCGGAGGAGAAGGGUGCGUUCGAGGACUGUAAGGUUUUGAUGGAAGACGCGGUGGAGGAAUUAGAGAUGUCUAUGACGGCGGUGAGUAAGAAGAAUCAGGGGAAGCUGACGGAGAAAGCGACGCCGGAUUUGAAUAACUGGCUGAGUGCGGUUAUGUCGUAUCAUGAGACUUGUGUUGAUGGGUUCCCUGAUGGGUCUAAGAUGAAGCACGAAAUGGAGAAGAUUGGGAAGAGUGGGAAGGAAUUGACGAGUAAUUCCUUGGCCAUGAUAUCGCAGGUGGCUACGUUCUUCUCUAAGUUUGAGUCUGAGGGGCCUGGGGAGGGUGCUGCAACGCGACGUCGUUUAAUGGACCAGGAUGAACUUCCAAGCUGGAUGGAUAGCAAUGAGCGGAGGAUGUUGAAGAGCGCUACGGCUGGGGAUAAGCCUACGCCUAACGUUGUGGUUGCCCAAGAUGGGUCUGGCAAUUUUAAAACUAUUAAUGAAGCCUUGGCUGCCAUGCCUGCCAAGUAUGAUGGACGGUACGUAAUCUAUCUAAAGGAAGGAAUCUACGAGGAGGCAGUGGUGAUCACCAAAAAGAUGGUAAAUGUGACAAUGUACGGAGAUGGGUCACAAAAGAGCAUGAUAAGUGGAAACAAGAACUUCGCAGAUGGAGUUAGAACUUUCCAAACCGCAUCUUUCGUGGCACUUGGAGACGGCUUCUUCGCACAAGCCAUAGGAUUCAGAAACACAGCAGGUCCAGAGAAGCACCAAGCCGUAGCAGCAAGAGUCCAAGCAGACCGAGCCAUAUUCCUAAACUGCCGCUUCGACGGGUACCAAGACACGCUCUACGCACAAGCCCACCGCCAAUUCUACAGAAGCUGUCUAAUAACAGGCACCAUCGACUUCAUCUUCGGAGACGCAGCCGCCAUUUUCCAAAACUGCAACAUGAUGGUGAAAAAGCCGUUAGACAAGCAACAGAACAUAGUGACAGCACAGGGCAGAAGCGACAGGCACGAAACCACAGCCAUAGUGCUGCAAAGGUGCAAGAUUUUACCGGACAAGACACUGGAGGCAGUGAAGUCGCAGUUCAAAAGCUACUUGGGGAGGCCGUGGAAGGAGUACUCAAGAACGAUUGUAAUGGAGUCCACAAUUGAGGACAUAAUUCACCCGGAUGGGUGGUUGGCUUGGGAAGGGGAUUUUGCGCUGAAGACGUUGUACUAUGCGGAGUUUAACAACGAUGGGCCUGGGGCUAAGACCGAGGGCAGGGUGAAGUGGCCUGGGCAUAAGGUGAUUGAUAAGGAGGAGGCUGCGAAGUUUACGAUAGGAAGUUUUCUAGAGGUGGAUUGGAUCCAGAGCACGUCGGCUCCAGUUCAUGUCGGCCUAUUUUGAUAUGAACACACAA